AAGGUUGCUAGGCCAAGCAGCAGAAGCCUGAAUUGCCAUGGCACGGCGUAGCUCCUUCAGCGAGAGAGAGAAUCCAGAAGGCGGCUGCCAUAGUGGAAUUUUACUGUCCAGAGAGAGGCUUUCUUCCGCCGAACUUCUCCAGUUUGACCGGCGACCAAAUGCCCCACCGGUGUGGCCAGCUGUCCUCACAAGCUUCUUGCACAGUGUGAGUCUCGGUGCUGCAAUGAUGACCUGGCUAGAGGUUUGCAAAGAGGUAGUGGGUUCCGGAGGAGGGAAAGAGGAUACUGAAGCACAGACCUACUAUGGACGACUGCUCGCAGUGAAUGGAGUUUGUGAGCUCGUUACCAGCCAGCUUGUGGGAGUAGCAAGCGACAAAUACGGCAGACGCAGUGUUCAGAUCGCAGCACAAUUGGGACAGGUCGUCGAUUACCUUAUGGCAGCACUUUGUCUACCUCCUUCAUUUGGCUACUUGCCGCAAGUUCAACGAGUGAUGGCAUGGACCGGGCUGUUCGCCUCUCGGGGAGUAGCUGGACUGCUUGGAAACUACAAGGUGACUUUACAGUCAUACACAUCGGAUAUUUCUGGAGCAGAAGAAUGCCCCCAGCGCAUGUCAUAUCUUGGAGCGGCCAUGGUGGUUGGCAUGUGCAUGGGCAGCAUGGUCGUUGCCAUUGUGGAGAAGAUGCAGCUAUCAUUCAGGGCUUGCUUUUUGACGGCAACCUGCAUGAAUGCUAUGAUUAUUGUACUGGUUUUCGUGAAGUGGCGGGACAUCGCACCCAGAAAGAACUUUACAUGCAGGGAGACCAACCCUUUUGUUGGUUUGCAUGUCUUGCGAAUCAACCAGGCUAUGGUGAUGUACUCGACCCUUGUUUUCUUGAGCGCCUUCUCGUUGAACAUGUACACUAGCACAUUGAAUUUCUACUGCGAAAAACUUCUCAAGAUGCCAAAGUCUACGUUCAUAGCGCUUGGCACAAUGUGGGCUAUGGAGUCCUUCAUCCUUCUGGGCUUUGUGCAGCCCAUGUUGAUACGUCAAUUUGGUGAGAUUGGGACUUUGCAGCUGUCCUUUGCCUCAAUGAUCGCUUUCUAUUUGCUUUUCUCCAUGCUGACACCAGAUAUCAACGCCUGGGCCUUCAUCAUUAUGAUUCUUUUCGCAGUUGGCUCAAUGGCCUAUCCUUUAGCAGUUGGGCUGGCAACUCGAGAGUUGUCAUCAGAUCAGCAGGGCUUAUUGCAGGGGGCUGUUUCCAUCCUGGAAACUCUUGCAAAGAUCGUAGCACCAUUGGUAGCCUCAGAUGUCAUCAUCCCAAGAUUCAACAAGCCCGAUCAGUUCUUUGGAAUGGUCUAUUUCGUUGCUGGAUUGCUGCUGUUGCCUAGCCUUGCAUGCUGCCAUAAAUUACAUUCUUUGACCGGCAGGAUUGAUCCUGAUAAGGCUGUAAUGCUUGAGAUGCACUGAAGGCUAAAAUGCCUAUAUUCAAAGCUUAUAAGGUGAAAAAAAGGCUUGUGUGAGAUUCGUGACUAUUGGUGAUGGUCAGGAUUCUUGCAGAACUCUG